AUGAAAUGCUAAACUACACUAUAAUACACUAGCUUUUUUGUUAUUCCUAUUAUUAAAUUCAAAUUUAUAAAUUCAUGUAAUUUAUUUGUUCUUUUUCCACUUCUUAUUAAUUAAUUAAAUUUACAUAAAUUGCCAUUGAAUAAUUUUGAAAAUAAAUAAAUGAUAUAAGAGAUAAAAUAUUUCUAUGGAUUAGAAGAAUUUAUAAAGUCUUCUGACAAAUCAAAUUAGAUUAUCGAUCUUAAUCUGAAUUUAUUUAAAAUAUUAUUUUUCUAAUAUAAUUUAUCAUCCAUAUUUAUUUUUUCAAUUUAUUUAAUAAAAAAAUUUUAAUUGUCUUGGGUUGAGAUAUUUUUAUUUAUAAAAUUGCAUUUAAAGCUAUUUGGCUCUCUCUUACAUUCAUUUUUCAUAUCAGCCUUUUUUACAGUAAAAUUGGGGAUUAAGGUGUAUCACGCUUAGGUCCUGCUUUAGCAAAUUAUACUAAUCUCUCAAACUUAGCACUUAUUCUUGGGUAAAACAGUUUAUUUGUUUGUUUUGGAUUGUGAUAUUUUUACUUAUAAAAAUUAAUUGAAAGCAAUAAAGCUGAUUUAGUUUGUGUAUUAGCUUUUUGUUAAAUAUACUUUUUCUUUCUUUCUUUUUUAUUAUAUUUUUGGUGUUUUUUUUCUUCUAUCUUUCUUAAUUAAUUUCACUAAUUUUUUUGUUUUCAAUAUUUGCUUUUAUUUAGUUUAUUUAUAUAUUAAUUUAUUUCUUAUUAUUACAUAUUUUUUAUUUAUUUUUUCCUUAAAUAUUUAAAGUUACAGUUAAAUUACUGCAAUUGGUGCAUCAGACUUAGGGUCUGCUUUAGCAAAUUGCACUAAUCUCUCAAAUUUCACACUUCAUCUUGGGUAAAAACAGUUUCUUUGUUUUGGGUUGUGUUAUUUUUAUUUAUAAAAAUUAAUUUAAAAAAAAUAAAGCCCUUUUAAUUUGAGUAUUUAUUUAUUUAUCUUUUUUCUUAUUUUUUUUGCAGAAGUUUUUUUUCUUCUUUCUUCUAUCUUUCUUAAUUUUACUCAUUUAUUUUUAUAUUUAUUAAUUUAUUUCUUGUUAUUCCAUAUUUUCCUUUAUUUUUUCCUACUAAAUAACUUAUAAGUUGCAUUAUUAAUAAGUGGAAAUAAAAUUGGUGCAAUCGGUGCAUCAGGCUUAGGUGCUGGUUUAGCAAAUUGCAUUAAUCUCUCAAAUUUGAAUAUUGAUCUUCUUUCCAAUAAAAUCGGUGCAAUUGGUGCAUCAGGUUUAAGUUCUGCUUUAGUAAAUUGCACUCAUCUCUCAAAUUUGACACUUAAUCUUGGCGGAAACGAAAUUGGUGAAAUUGGAGCAUCAAGCUUAUGUUUUAAUUUAGCAAAUUGCACGAAUCUCUCAAAUUUGAAACUUAAACUAGGUUAUAACUAAAUCAAUGAAUUAUCAAAAUUGAAAGUAAAAAGUAACUGUCUUAAAUCAAAAAGAUUAGUUGUCUAUGAUAUAAAUUUCUACUGA